CCUGUCGCCUAUAAGGAGCUGCCCGGCGCCUGGUUUGCUGAGUCUGAACGUGAGCUUGGAAGGUGAAUUUCCGUGGUAGAUUUGCACGGGUCCGCCGCUUGCCCGGAGCUGCUCCUUUCAGACGAUUGCUGUAGGAGUGUCUCUCUCGCUGCAGCUUCGUCUGGGGCGCCUGGAUGGUGGAUGAAGUCAAUGAGCAAAGGCAAGGGGAGCAGCAGACCCAGAGGAGAGACCGGCUGGCGAUCUGAAAUUGGGGAUUAGGGAGCCUGCUCGCCCUGUGCGGACAAUGGAUUCUGCUCCCAAACUCUCCUGUCGUUUGACUCUGCUGCUCUUCAGUCUGUGGCAUCUGGGAUUAGCAGCAACAAACUAUAAUUGUGAUGAUGCACUAGUAUCCUCGUUGCCUCUGACCGCCUUUGACAGCUCCUCAGAGCUCUUCAGCGUUCACAGUCCCAGCUUUGCCAAGCUCAACAGACGGGAUGGAGCUGGUGGUUGGUCCCCAUCAGAAUCUAAUCCACAACAAUGGCUUCAGAUUGAUCUGGGAGACAGAGCUGAGAUUACAGCAGUUGCCACCCAAGGCAGGUACGGAAGCUCUGACUGGAUAACAAGCUACAUUCUAAUGUUCAGCGAUACAGGACGCAACUGGAAGCAGUACAGACAAGAAGACAGCAUCUGGGUCUUCACAGGGAACACCAAUGCGGACAGUGUUGUACAUCACAAACUUCUGCACUCCGUGAAAACCCGCUUCCUGCGCUUCGUCCCUCUGAAAUGGAAUCCCGGUGGAAGAAUAGGCCUGAGAGUUGAGGUCUAUGGUUGCUCAUACAAAUCGGACAUAGCAGAUUUUGAUGGCAGAAGUUCGCUCCUGUACAGAUUCAAUCAGAAAAUGAUGAGCACCUUCAAAGACGUGGUUUCCCUGAAGUUCAAGAGCAUGCAGGGGGAUGGAGUCUUAUUCCACGGAGAGGGACAACGCGGAGACUACAUUACACUGGAGCUACAGAAAGGGAAACUCUCCUUGCACAUUAACCUGGGAGAUGCCAAGCUGCGUUUCAGUACUAGCCACACAUCAGUCACCCUGGGCAGCCUUCUGGAUGAUCAACACUGGCACUCAGUUCUCAUCGAACGCUUCAACAAGCAAGUGAACUUCACGGUGGACAAGCAUACUCAGCAUUUCCGAACCAAGGGGGAUUCGGAUCACCUGGACAUUGAUUAUGAGCUCAGUUUCGGGGGGAUCCCAGUCCCAGGAAAGCCAGGAACCUUUCUGAAGAAAAAUUUCCUUGGAUGCAUCGAGAACCUUUAUUACAAUGGAGUCAAUAUAAUUGACCUGGCAAAAAGGCGUAAACCUCAGAUCUACACUGUGGGCAACGUGACUUUUUCCUGCUCAGAAUCACCAGUUGUUCCAAUCACCUUUGUCAGCUCCAGCAGCAGCUAUUUGCUUUUACCUGGCACCCCCCAGAUUGAUGGGCUGUCAGUCAGCUUCCAGUUUCGAACGUGGAACAAAGACGGGCUGCUUCUGUCCACGGAGCUGUCUGAAGAUUCUGGAGUUCUCCUGCUUUACCUUCACACUGGCAGGUUGACACUUGUCAUACAGAAAGUGGCAGAAAACUCCAUGGAGAUCAGUGCAGGCAGCAAUCUCCAUGACGGGCUCUGGCAUUCAGUUAACAUAAACGCCAGAAGACAUCGUAUCACCCUGACUUUGGAUAAUGAUGUCGCCGCAGCUGCUCACGCAACCACCCUCUCGCAGAUCUAUUCUGGGAACAGUUACUAUUUUGGAGGGUGCCCUGACACUUUCACCGAUUCCCAAUGUUUAAAUCCCAUUACUGCUUUUCAAGGCUGCAUGAGGCUCAUCUUCAUUGAUAACCAGCCCAAGGACCUCAUUUUAGUUCAGCAGGGUUCCCUGGGGAAUUUUAGUGAUUUACACAUUGAUCUGUGUGACAUCAAAGACAGAUGUUUGCCCAACUACUGUGAACAUGGAGGAAAAUGCUCCCAGUCCUGGACCACCUUUUACUGUGAUUGUAGCGAAAUGGGUUACAUGGGAGCAACCUGCCAUAACUCCAUCUAUGAGCAGUCGUGUGAAGCCUAUCGUCACAAAGGGAAGACGUCUGGUUUCUUCCAUAUUGAUUCUGAUGGAAGUGGACCGCUUGGACCAUUCCAGGUUUACUGCAAUAUCACGGAAGAUAAGAUCUGGACUGCGGUACAGCACAACAACACAGAACUAACCAGAGUCCAAGGGGCUGAUCCUGAGAAACCAUAUGCCAUGUACUUUAACUACAGCAGCAACCUGGACCAGAUUGAGGCCAUGAUAAACAGCGCAGAGUACUGUGAACAGGAGGUGGCUUACCACUGCAAAAAGUCACGUCUGCUGAACACCCCGAAUGGAAUGCCAUAUGUUUGGUGGGUUGGCCGUGCCAAUGAAAAGCAUCCUUACUGGGGAGGAUCUCUUCCUGGAGUUCAGCAAUGUGGCUGUGGACUGGAAGAAAGUUGUCUAGAUAUGAGAUAUUUCUGCAACUGUGAUGCCGAUAAAGAAGAAUGGACACAUGAUACUGGCCUUCUUUCCUUCAAAGACCAUUUGCCUGUAACUCAACUCGUGAUCACUGACACAAACAGGUCAAACUCAGAGGCUGCUUGGAGAAUUGGCCCCUUGCGUUGCCAUGGAGACAGACAGUUCUGGAAUGCAGCUUCCUUCAACACAGAGGCCUCCUAUCUACACUUCCCCACCUUCCAUGCAGAGUUCAGUGCAGACAUUUCCUUUUUCUUCAAAACCAUGGCUGUGUCUGGGGUCUUCCUGGAAAACCUUGGGAUUAAGGACUUCAUCCGCAUUGAAAUAAGCUCCCCUGAGGAGAUCACCUUCUCCAUAGAUGUUGGAAACGGCCCUAUAGAAGCUACGGUGCAGUCUCCCACGCCUCUGAAUGACAACCAGUGGCACUUCGUCCGAGCCGAGAGGAACCUCAAGCAAACAUCUCUUCAAGUGGAUAACUUUCCUAAAAAGAUUCUGGAGGCACCUGCCGAGGGGCAUUUUCGUUUGCAGCUUAACAGUCAAUUCUUUGUAGGGGGAACAGCUUCAAGACAGAAAGGUUUCCUGGGAUGCAUCCGCUCUUUACAUUUAAAUGGGCAGAAACUGGACCUGGAAGAGAGGGCUAAAAUGACCCCUGGAGUCAAGCCUGGCUGCCCGGGACACUGUAGCAGUUAUGGUAAUCUCUGUCACAAUGGAGGCAAAUGCGUGGAGAAAUACAACGGUUAUUUCUGUGACUGCACCAGCUCUCCCUAUGAAGGGCCCUUCUGCAAGGAAGAGGUUUCUGCAGUGUUUGAAGCUGGCACCUCAGUUACCUACAUUUUCCAAGAGCCUUAUCCAGUGACAAAAAAUGCAAGCAUUUCAUCCUCUGGCAUUUAUGCAGACGCCAUUAUGUCCAAGGAAAACAUUGCAUUUAGCUUCCUGACAAGACGUGCUCCGAGCCUCCUGCUCUACAUCGACACCUACUUUCAUGACUAUUUGGCUGUGAUUCUCUCCAAAAAUGGAAGCUUACAAGUCCGAUACAAGUUGAAUAAGGAUGGCUUCUUCAUUUUCACCAUUGAUUCUGGAAACCUUGCCAACCGGGAAUUACACCAUGUGAAGAUCAACAGAGAAGGAAGAGAACUCCUCAUUCAGGUUGAUCAAGUUCUCAAACUCAAGCACAACCUCUCGGAGAUUGACUUCAAGGCCAUCAAAUCGCUCACCUUGGGCAAAGUCGGAGAUAGUCUGGGGCUAGAUUCUGAGGUCUUGAAGGCGAACUCACAUGGCUUUACUGGAUGUCUGUCCUCUGUCCAGUACAAUCACAUAGCUCCACUGAAGGCCGCCUUACGACAUCCCAGCAUAGCCCCCGUGACUGUCAAAGGCUCCUUGACUGAAUCGAAUUGUGGAUACAUAGCAGAGACUGAUGUGAACACCAUCACCACAGUGUAUUCCUCAUCAGAUCCCUCUGGGAAGUCGGAUGAGCGGGAGCCCCUCACCAAUGCAAUCAGAAGUGAUUCAGCUGUUAUUGGAGGUGUAAUAGCAGUCGUAAUAUUCAUCAUCUUUUGCGUCGUGGCCAUCAUGAGCAGAUUCCUCUACCAGCACAAACAGGCACAUCGAAGUAGCCAGGCAAAGGAGAAAGAAUACGCAGAAAAUCUCGACAGUUCCUUUAAAACUGACAUUGACUUGCAGAACACAGUGAGUGAGUGCAAACGGGAAUAUUUCAUCUGAUGGAUUGUGUGGUUCCUUCUUACUCUCCUCCCCGCACCUGGCCUUUUUUCUUUUCUUACCCAUUAAUUUAUUUGCGAGCUUUUAACCUUUUGGAAGGAGACUGCCCUGCACAGAAGAGACUGGCAGACACUUCAAUGCCUCAUUCCCUUCACAAAAACUACCACAGUUACAUCGACAUCUCAAGAGACCUUCUAUUCUACUCUGGACAGAAUAAGUUCACGGACUUGCAUGGUUGCCUAUUAAGUUUCUGGAUUUCUCAAGUCUUAUGUUGUUUUCUGGAACCAUUUAACUCACCACUUUGUGUUCGAUCUGAACUAUAUAAACUAGAUGUAAAGUACUGUAGCUAAAUAAAUAGCAUCACGGCUUUUGGGACAGGGUAGCAGGAAAGAAUGAUACCAAAAUGCCUGAUUUAUUAUAAGAUGCAUUUACACCAAUCAUAAAGUAGCAGCUAGGUCCUCAGUUGAUGUAAUUUGCCAUCAAACUGUUGACUUCAAUGGAAUUACUCCAGUUUUCACCAGCUGGGAAUCUGGCAAGAAGUUACAAUUAUUAUUUUCUUUCUCUCCUUAAGCUCAUUCCCCCAUCCUGCUAUCUUUUUACUGUAACUUUUAGGCUUAAAAAUGCUUUUAAAAAAUACAGGAAUACUGAUACCAGCAUUGGACAAAAUUCAUUCCAGUGCACCUUGUAUACCUCCGUCUCAUAAGUCUGACUAUUUAGAACCAACGUACUCUAGCAUAAUUCUAGAUGAAGCAUGGAAGAUAGUACCUAAAGGAUCUUAGGAGGCUUCUAGGACUUAGAUGCUCUAUAAAUUUCUCUGAUGACUUGUCUGAAACAUUAGAAGUGCAGCAUACACACGCUAACAUCAUAUAGAGAAUGAUUAUGUGCUGAGGUCAAACACUUAAGCGACUGUGGCGAAUUAAAAACAAACAAAAGAAGAAGACAAACCAACCCCACCUGAACCAUGAGAUCUAAAUUCUGCUGAUUCAUAUAAAAAAGCCAAAAAUUGUUAUUAAAUUGCUUCUAAAAAACUGCAUGAAUGAAGCAAUGGUGCUUCCUGUUUGUAGAAACCAGGAUGUUUCCCCUAAGAAUAAGGAAAAGGUGGCUUUUAAAAAUUGUAGCCAGACAAAGUGGACGAGGUUCAUAUCUUUUGUGGACGGACUUCUGUUGGUGAAAGAGACAAGCUUUUGAGCAUAUACAGAGCUUUUCUUCAUGUAAGCUCGAAAGCUUGUCUCUCUCGUCAACAGAUAUUGGUCCAAUAAAAGCUAUUACCUCACCCACCUUGUCUUUCUAAAAUCCUGGGACUCACAUGACUGUGAUAACACUUAGUCAAAUUCAUUCACAAGGAGAAAAUUGUAAAGGAGCAUGUCCAAAGUUCUGGAUUUUUUAUUUUCUUCUCUCCCUUUCUCCAAUGGCUUUCUGUUCUCUCCUGUUUGCGGACACUGGCUAACAGAAGUAGAAGGGACUCUAAUCUGCCUCUAUUCUUUCUGAUGGAUCACUGAACGUGGAAUCAAAUCCCUCUUUCACUCAACAAAUAGUGCAGGUGGGGAAAGGUUUGAGCCCAGCAUGAGCUUGCAUGAUGGUCCCAUCCCAGAUGCUAGAUGAGCCCUGACAGUGUGUUUAAUGUCAUACAGGGCCCGUUCUCCUGGGAGCUUAACAGUCUAAGGAUCUGAUCCAACGCCCAAGAGAAAAUGGGAGUCUUCCUAUUGAUUUCAGGGGGCUUUGGUUCAGGACUUAGGGCAUCAGCCAUACAUCAGGACUCCUGGUCCCAUAUGGAAUCCCAAAGGCUUUUCCACAUGAUCACAAGGGUUCGCACUGCCAGAUCUUGUUGCAGGAAAGGGACCAAUAACAGACAAUAGAAAGCAGUGCAGCUGCACAAAGCCCCAGAUGGCCGAGGCUGGGGAGGGGUUUAAAUAAAUGCAGGGAGCUUGGAUUAAUGGUUGCAGAUGGUGGCUGAUAGGCCUCAGGGAAAUAGAUGUUGAGAAGGAAUAUGAGACAGUCUUGUUCAGCACGCUCACUGCGUUACACUACAAUCAUCGUUGGUCUCUUGACCAUCUUUGGGGGCAAGUGGGAUAAGUAAAGCUAGGCUAAUACAAUGGUCGACAGGCCAACCAAUCUGCUUUACAAGGCAAUCUUAAACUUAAAGGAAGGAUGGCACUGCUUCUUCCAGCUCCUGCCAGCCAGCAGCCACCGUGCCUUGUGCCAGCUGCUUGUAUGACAUUUGGUUAUGAGUGCCUUUGCAGGCCGUGAUGGACUCAUUAGCAGGAAGAUAGUGAAAGAUGCAGAAAGGAAUGCACCUAAUGAGAUCCUCAGCAAAGAGUUUCUUCCAUUUAUAAAACUGCUCUGCUUUGCAUGUUACAGGUGGAUGGGGGGACAAGCAUACAUAGGAACAAAUGUUCAUCUCCUUCUUUCUGUGGACUCCAGGUUUUUCUUUAUUAUUUUCAGCAUUGUUUUGUCCAAGCUACCUCAUUUUGAAUGCUCUCCCUGAGAAGGAGCUAUUAAUUCCCCCAAACAUGUAUUGCCUUUAGGAAGAAGAGAUGGGGAAUCAAAAUCCACAUUGUAUUCAGAUCUCCCACCCCCCAUUACUGUGCCAUGUAUUUUUCCCUGGUCAACAUGGCAGAUUAUAAAUCAUCUUUGUGCUUUGCUACAUAUUCUUCUUUUCUUGAUAUAAAAAGUCACAGUAAGAUAUAGUGAGUCUAGCCCCAAGCAAAUACAGUAAUUAAAUGGAUAGAAAAGAGAAGGGUUGAGCAAUUAAAUAGAAUCCUCUCAUUAUUUAAGUCCCUGAGAGGACAUGAUUGCUUCAUACAGUCCUGGAGUCUGAGCCUGCAAGGUACCAAGCAUUCUCAAGUCUGCAGGAUGGCCCUAGUCAGGGCUUUGGAUCCAGCCCUCAGGAUUGCACCCCGCAGGGCCCGCACCGCUCUCAGAAGUGGCUGGCACCACUUCCCUUGGUCCUUUCGGAGGGGGAGCAGAGGGCUCCGUCUGUUGCCUCCAGGCACCAUGGGGAACCGCGGCCAAUGGCAGCUUCGGGGGAGAUACCUGGAGGCGCACACAGAGCUCUCUGUCCCCCCCAGGGGAAGCAGUGCUUCCUGGAGUGCCACAGGGCCGAGGACAGGGCAGGCAUGCAGAGAGCCUGCCCUGGCCCUGGUGCGCACCACUGCCAGCCCGGAGCCGCUUUAGGUAAUCGGCACCGGGCCAGAACACGAACCCCCCCUGCACCCUGCCCCUCAACUCCCUGCCGUAAACCCCCUUCCUGCACCUCUCACCCCUCCUGCACCCCAACUCCCUGCCCUGAGCCCCCGGUAUACCCUGCACCCAAGUCCCCUCAUACACCCCGCACCUCUCCUCUGCCCCAAUCCCUUGCCCUGAGCCCCUCUCUGCACAAUGCACCCCCUCCCACACCCUCCACUCCCUCCUGCACCCCACCCUCCUGCCCCAGCCCUGCAUACAAUUUCCCCACCCAGAUGUGGCCUUCAGAUCAAAAAGUUUGCCCACCCCUGGUCUACCACCUUAGGCCAAUGGAUAGCAAAACUGCUCAGCAGAACAUAAGAACGGCUAUACGGGCUCAAACCAUAGGUCCAUCUAGCCCAGUAUCUGGUCUUCAGACAGGGAAUGAACAGAACUGAUAAUCAUCAAAUGAUCCAUCCCCUGUUGCACAUUCCCAGCUUCUGGCAAACAGAGGCUAGGGGCACCUGCAAGGCACAGUAGCAAAGCAGCACCACCACACCAGCUAGUUAGAUGUUGUUUGUAUCUGGAAGAGUGUUGGUGGACCCAUAUAGCUCCGGGUAGGUACGUGACAUGAGAGGUGUGGAUGUGGGUAUAAACACACAUAUAAUCCCCAAUCCAGCAAACCAAUUCAGCACAUAUUGAAGUUUAAGCAUGUGAAAAGUGGCAUUAACUUCAAUGAGAUUACGCAACUGCUUAGUCACAAUCAGUAUUGCAAAAUUGUAUACACCCUGGGUUAUUAUUUUGAUGGGCAAAUUAAAGGUUAGGGUUUUCUUUUGUUUUUGUUUUUUUAAUAACCAUCAUUAAAAAUCACAUAUAAGGCAGGCAAGUAAGUUUAGUAAAGUUUCAGGAAAAUUUAGUUAGAGGUGUGUGUGUGUGUGUGUGUGUGUGUGUGUGUGUGUGUGUGUGUGAGAGAGAGAGAGAGAGAGAGGGAUGGAGGACAUACACAUGAGGAUAAAUACAUCUAUCUAUACCAGUGUUUCUCAAACUUUUGUACGGGUGACCCCUUUCACAUAGCAAGCCUCUGAGUGUGACACCCCCCCUAUAAAUUAAAAACACUUUUUUAUAUAUUUAACACCAUUAUAAAUGCAGGAGGCAAAGCGGGGUUUGAAGUGGAAGCUGACAGCUCAAGACCCCCCCACAGUAGCCUCACAACCCCCUGAGGGGUCCCGACCCCCAGUUUGAGAACCCCAGAUCUAUACAUACUGAUAUAUUGGACAUAAACACACAGCUAUUCAAACCAGUAAGAAACUGCUUAGACAAGUUAACAAAUAGUGUAUGCAUGUUGCACUCAAAAUGAUAAACUAGGGUAUUAUAUUCUUGCAAUGAAAAAAAUAAUGGAAAGCAACAAAUUAGCAUCCCAGUAAAUGAGAACAUGCUGCAUUAACUGUGGGAAGCAAACAGUCCGACUAAUUUUUCCUUUUUUUAGUGGUUUGGAUCUGCUUUCUUUUAUGCAAUCAUCAUCUGUUUAUUAAUAUACUAACUAGAACUGGUCAAAAAAUAGGGAAACAUUUUUUGCGAAAAGGAAACUUCAAAAUGUCAGUGUUGUUGCCCUUUUGUAGAAUUCUGAAUAGAUCCUUUUUCCUUUUUUUUUUGGUCACCAAAAUUGUUCUCUCAAUCUUUGUGUUUUACGUUAUCUUACCGAAAACCCAGUUUUCAGUGGGAAAACACAUUGCUCAGUAAACAAAAGUUUUUGAAAACUAUUUCCAUAACAAUAGCUCAGAAGAGUUUAUGGACAAUUCUGAUGCUGUGGAAAUGCUUCAAGAGAAGUUUCAUUUUUGAAAAAAGGCCAAUUUUCAGCCAAGAAAACCAAGUUCAGAAAAUUUCAACCAGCUAUUAUGCCGAUCUUGCUUUUAUUGAAUCAGUGAUGAAAAUUUGCAUUUACUCUAGUAGGAACAGGAUUGGAGUACCGGAUCUGUCCUUGAGGGCAUCAACUUUAACAUACUUGCCAACUUCAUUCUCCAUCUGGAUUCCUUUACUAGACCAGGAGGUGGUCAGCCUGGCUCAGCCAUUGUACCACUGCCACUACCUGUGCUAACAAGGCUACACUGCUAUUUAUACUCAUGCUAGCUCAUUGAGAGCUAGCGGGAGCACUUGUACCUGACCAGGGGAACCACACCCGUCUCUUGUAGUGUAGACAUAGCCUAAGGUACUAAAGGAGCUUAACUCCUGUUUUGAAGUCUUUUGGUCAGGUCCUGAAAUCGUUACUCAGCAACAAGUUCCAAUCAAUUUCAAUGUCAUGUAUAUGCCACAGCGAUACAGUACUCAGUUCAACAUUCUCAAAAGUGCCUAAGUCACUUGGCAAACUAAGUCCCAUUUUCAGAAGUGUCUUAGGGACUUAGGGACAAAUUUUUAAACACCUUCAGGUGCUUAAAGAUCUAGAUAGGUGCCUAGGCAUGUUUGAAAAUCCCUCUAAGCACCGAACUUCCAUUGAAAUCAACUGAAAUGUGCCUCUUAGGUGCAUAAAUGCCUUUGAAAAUCAAUGGUGUGGUGGCUUCUAAGAAGUAGGUAUUAACCUAAUGGGAUUUUCAAAAGGGCCUAAGCAGGUUUAGGUGCCUAACUCCCAUUUGAAAUUAAUGUGUGUUAGGUGCCUAACCUGCUUAGGUGCCAAAAAAACAACCCACUCCAAAACAUUAGGCACCUAAAUACCUUUGAAAAUCUGGUCCUCACUCCUUUUUUAAAAUAGAACUAAAGGCUCCUAAGUCACACAGGCACUUUUGAAAUUGUCAUAUUUAAAACAAACAAAGUCUAAGCUAGAUGGAAGAUACCCAGGACCUCACAGGAGAUGCACAGUAAUACAUCGUAUUGGGCCCUGUGUGCUUAUUGAAACUGUCGAUCUUUACUGAAUAUUGCUGCUCAGGUUAUGCUAAUGCCAAGUGUACAAUGAAGGGGACAUCUCCAGCAGUAAGGUUUUGACUAUUGCUUUCUAUUCAUUCUUAAAAGAAAAUGCAUAGACUUUGAGGUCAGAAGGGACCAUCAUGAUCAUCUAGUCUGUCCUCCUGCACACUACAGGCCACAGAACCUCACCCAUCCACUCCUGUAAUAGAUCUCGAACCUUCUUUACUGAUUUACCAUAGAGAAGAGGCUCUCUCCCCCCCAAAGUUUAAACACUUUUGUUAAUUAGGGUGCAGGCUAUUUCACGCACACGCACCCAUAUUGGACCAAUACAGCAUGUGACACAGUAUGAUUUAGCUAUCUAACAUGGAGCUUCAUCCUUUUCCUAUUGACAUCAAUGGGAAUUUGGACAUCAGUUUCAUUGGGAGUUGGAUUGGACCCUGAGUUUACGGGAGCACUUGAAAACUGCCUUCAUUGUACACCUUUUCAUUUCUUUCUUCUUCCCUUGUGGCAUCAAAAGACCCAUCUUUGGCCCAAAAUCUGCUCUCACACCAAAAUAAAUCUGCAGUAACUCCAUUGAAGUCAAUUGAGUUACUCUGGAUUUACACUAAUGUAACCAGAAGCAGAAUCUGACCCUCUUUUAAUGCCACCAUCUUAUUCCAGUUGCUGUCAAAAUGACAUCUGCUUUUACCUAGAAUAAAAAUGUCUGCUGUGAACAGGAUUAAGCCUAUUGCUUCUGAGAGCUGUUCUGUAGUGCAAGGCAUUCACAGAGACAAAGAGUUAUUCUUUUUGCAGAAAACAAAUGAUGCCCACUAAAGCACCCAGGUGAAAGCUGAUCUCUUGCUAGGCACUAAAACACGAGUGCAAUUUCGAAGCUGUCAUGCAGUUUUUGAGAUGCGAUAUAGCUAAACCUGAUCCAACGUCCAUUGGAGUCAAUCAGGGGGACUUUGUGUUGACUUCACUAGGAGCUGCGUCAUGCCUUUUGUUCUUAUUCCCUUCCCAAAGCCAGUUAUUUCACAGCUACAAGGCUUAAAACAAUUAUUUAUUUAAUCGAGUUCUGGGCUUUGUUGCAUUUUCUUUAGCCAAUAAGAAGUACUUGAUAUCUCAUGUCAAUCCACGAGGCCCUGCUGUGUGUGUUUCCUUCGUGAAAUUCAAAACAUACUUUUUUUUGAGGGUAGGGGCUGUUGAUCCUGAAAUAUAUUUUGUUUUCUUCUGUUUUUCCUUUUGAGCCAUGCCUCUAGGACUUGGAAAUUAUUUCAAUGCAUUGCUACUUAUUUUUGUGAUCUUUUGCACUCAGUUAUUCUAAGGGGGCGGGAGGGGGGAGCACACACUCUGGUGAACUAUUGUAAGUUGUAAGCUAGUUGUUUGUCUUUUGCCAUGUUUUGAGUCAACAAAGGGGCCACAGAGCAAAGGAAGGAUUGAGGCAACUGUUUGCUUCGACGCUGCCCCUCUCCAAUCAGGAUAUAUAUUGUUUUUAUUUGGCAUGUGGAGAAAAUGGUGCGGUGGAUGGGGCAAAGAGUAAAAAUUAGGCAGAGACCAAUAUUAUACUGGUGAUUGGCAAAGGGCCAGCAAUGUGCUCCACCCGGCACAAGACACUCAGAAAAAAUAUGGGUCCUCGGCCUCAGCUGCUGGGAAUCAAGGUCCCUCCACCAACGUCAAUGGAGCGCCACUGAUUACGCCAGCUGAGGAUCUGCUUCCAUGCCCCUCCCCCUCCAGCCAAAUGAGCCUGCAGUCUGCACAGACACUGAAAUACAAUAGGAGAUCCAGGGAACAGUCUUUACGUGCAGUCUCGCCUUUUACUCCCUUUCCCUCCAAUAUUAGCGUGGUGACGGCAUUUUGCCAUAUGACUGUAGCUGCUAACAUACUAAUGGCAGCUGUUUUCCACAAUGCUAGUCAUUACCAUACUGGUUGUGUUUAACCCCAAGGGCCAUUCUAUCCGAAAGUUACAACCAACACUACUCUGCAUGGGAAAUUGUGUACUCACAUUUGCAUGCCAAUUCUAAGCCCGUUUCCUCAUGAAUCAUUUAAACAAAAUAUUUUCUCACAUGCUUUGCAAUUGCUUCUAAUAUUGAACCCACUGUCAUGUACUCAAGUGGCCCUGUGUCUUUGGAGCUAAAAUUUAGAUGCAGCCAGUCCACGGCUCCUUGUAAAGCUUGAGACACAGCUGGUUCAUCAGAAAUCCAACAUAAUUCCAUGAACAUUUGUGGAGAAGAACAAGCAGGCUUGUUUAUUCAGGCACCCAACCACAAGCAAUUGCCUGUGAAAGUCUUGAAGUGAAAAAUUCAUGUAAUCUCUUCUGUCUAAAUAAUACAGAGAGACCAUGCUUCAGACCCAUUUCCUGUCUUGAAACCUUUGGCAUGAAACACACUGGGACAGAUUCAUUCCUCGUUGUAAUCCCUCCAAGGACAAUGGAGGUCCAUCAAGGAUGAGUUUGGCCCAUAACUUAGAAAGUCUCCAAUCACCCACAGCAAGAUGGACCUGAUGCCUGUAAAUUAAAUCUGGGACUUUCCAUUCCUCAAUCCCAGUCAACGAUAGCUGCAUUCAGUGCACACAUCUCCUUAGGGAAUUAUGGGUGAUAUUUACAAAACUCAAGUGCCCUUUAAGCCCUUGAUGUGAGUUGAAAUCACCUUUAGGACCUUGAGGGUGCUCAUGACCUGAUCCAAACCCCCUUGAUAUCUACAGGAGUCUUGUUGACGUAAGAGUUUUAGAUCAGGCCCUCACUGCACUGACAUGAAUUGCACCGUACGUGAAAAACAAAGCCACAUGAUCAGCAAAACACCUUCCUCGGGCAAGACAAGCGGCAGUCACCCAAGUUAAAAUCUGUUUUAUACAUUUUAGAAGUAACACAAAUGGCCUUUUCCAGAUAAGGACAUUUUCCCAUUUGUUUUAUGUUGUGCUACUCAAAAAUCCUUUGAAAUGAUGGUAGGUUAGACAACAAUUCCAAAAGCUAGCACAAGAGUCUCUCAGUUACAGUAAAAAAAAACAAAAACAAAAUGGAGGUCUAGCUUUUCCUUCCACUGUCUGGUUUUCUGAAGGGAAUCCCACAGAACGUUGCCUCGGUCCAAGUCAGUUUUGUAGACCAUGUAACAUGUCUUAUUACACUGGAUGGGAUUAAAAAACAACAACAAAAAAUUUAGCCUUAGCUUCUUUUGUUUUCUAUGGUUGCUGUUGUACAGGAGAACGUCUUAAACUGUAAAUACUGUAUAUUUAAUAAAGAGAGCCUUUUGUAUG